CUGUGGGCUACUGUGGGCUACCGUUCAACUCCAAACAACAACACUGAGGAGAGCGCUCUCAUCGAGCCCAGUUAUGAUCGGUUCUAUUUUUGUCCUCAGAUUAGAGCCGUGGUCACUGCAGUCCAGAGUCCUGGUCCAGGUCUUCAGUCAUGAGCUUAUCUGUCAAAUCACCACUGACACCGUUCACUGGUCCGGCCAACUCCUGGUUGGCUGAUUGUUCACCCCAGUGUUGGUGUAAAGGUCAGCAGACAAAAUGCUGCUCCAACAGAUAUGGGUUUCACAGUAUACGGGGAGAGAGACUUUGGGGCGGACCACACCGAGGGGACAACAUGGGGGGGGGGGCAGACCACACCGAGGGGACAGCAUGGGGGGCGGACCACACUGAGGGGACAGCAUGGGGGAGCGGUCAUGAUUGGCUGUUAUUAAGCUUCCUAUCAGGGUGUCGGGUUCUGACGGCAGCAGACGGGUCCUCAUCCGUCCGCAGAGGAUGGACGGACCAGACCACGGAGCGGUGCAGGACUCCUGUCUCAUUUCUGGCGUCUAUUUGACUUCAGAUGUUGACCGUUUGUCCAGCAGCAUCUUCUUCUCCGCCGCUGUCACCGCUCACUUCCUCUCACAUUCCACUCGUCUUUUUUUAGCCCACCGUUCCUGCAGCUAAAAUCUGCUCUUUUAUCUCUUAUGGAUGGACAGCUUCUCAGUGCUCUACAGUUCCACCUACAGAACCGGACUCUUGUCCGGGUUCCAGCGUCUGCGGCUGGAGAACAGGAUGUGUGAUGUGGUCCUGGAGGCGGGAGGCGUCUCCUUCCCUUGUCAUCGGGCCCUUUUGGCAAGUUCCAGUGAGUAUUUCUGGGCGUUGUUUGGUGAGACGACAGCAGAGAGGUCGGCCGGAUCGGUCAGCCUGCCGCUGCUGACAGCUGAGGGUAUGGACGCCCUUCUGGACUUCCUGUACUCUGGCUGGCUCAGUGUCUCCUCCUCCAGUCUGUCUGCGGUUCUGCAGGCAGCCAGGUACCUGCAGGUGGCACCGGCAGUGGCCAUUUGCGAACGGUUUAUGGUCGACGGCCUAAACGCUGAGAACUGCUGCUGUUACGCUAACCUCGCCGAGCACUACACGCUGACGAAUGUUCUGGAAGCUUCGCACCAAACAAUAUCUGCGGAGAUGAAGAUGUUAGUGCAGACCAACAGGGACGACCUUCUUCAGCUGAACUUCCGAUCGCUGAUGCAAAUUCUGGACAUGAUGGAGAUUCCAGGUGUCCAGGAGGUGGAGCUAGUGAAACUGGCUCUGGAUUGGCUGGAUGAAAAUGGACCACUCCCACUGGUAAACUCAAAUCUCCUGCUGAGUCGUUUGCGAUUCGGAUUGGUCAGUGCGUCUGAUAUCGUGAGCCUGAAUCACAGAGCCCUGGCCACGCCCCUGAUUAGAGGUCAGCUGACACAGGCAUUGGCGUACCACACCACGGGUUCAGCUCAGCCAAUCAGUCAGAGCCGUCUGUCCACGCUCAGGGCGUUUUCCAAUCGUGUGCUGCUGGUAGGCGGGGCUUCCAGUGGUGAGGGCCCAGAGCGGCAGAUGUUGGCGUUCGAUCCCAGAUGUAAGAAGUUCUGGUUCCUGAAGUCCAGACUCCCACUCAGACUCAGGGACUACAGCGUGUGCUCGGUGGGCGGUUUCCUGUUUGUGAUGGGAGGACAGAAAGUGAGGGACGGAGAUGAAGACGGAUUGAAAUCUGACACUUCACCAGCAUCCAAUCAGGUGUGGCGGUUCGAUCCUCGUUUUGACAGCUGGCAGCAGGUGGCGUCUAUGCUGGAGAGGAGGUCCAAGUUUAGUUGCUGCGUAAUGGAUGACAUCAUUUAUGCCACAGGGGGGCGACACACUGGGCUGGACACCGAGGCACGCGCUUCUGUCGCAUCGGUGGAGUUUUACGACCUAGCCAUAGGAGCCUGGAGGAGGGGCGCCUCCAUGCCCCGCCCUCUGUACGGCCACGCCUCCGCUGUACUGAACGACUGCAUCUACGUGUCAGGAGGUCGAAGCGCACACACACCCACCGUUAACGCCGGCAACUACAACAGUAACCAGGACGGACCUAGAGAGGGCAGCAAAGAGGUUUUCUGCUGGAAACUUCAAUCCAGAGUUUGGGAAAAACGAACGUCCAUGUCCAUCGGACGGUUCAGCCACCGUUUGGCGACCGCUCACGGAUACAUCUACGCUCUGUUGGGAAUGUACGAACCUUUCUGUGACAUAGAGCGCUACGACCCACAGGCGGACCAGUGGACACGCCUCCGACCGGUUCCCAUUGGCUCUUUCAACUACGGCAUGGUCUCACUGCCAUCUGGGAAACUGCUGCUGUUUGGAGGAAGACGGUGGAGUGACGGACAGGAAGUGAUCCUGAAGAGUGUUCUGGAAUAUGACACAAUGAAAGACUGCUGGAAAGAAGUCUGUGAACUGCCUAGACCUCUGAUGGGCACUGAGUGCUCUUUACUGCCCCUGAUGGACUGAUGUGAUCACUGUUCAGAUGAAUGACAUUGGAUCUGAUUUUGUUUGAGUGUUGAUGUGACUGGAUUCACUCUCCAUGUUUGUUGUUUAUGGUUGGACAAAGUAUUAGCUUAGAGCUAAGAAUGGAGAGGAAUAGAGUUAAAUGUCUGGGUGUGUGUCUGUAUUAAUAUUAA